AUGGAUAAUCGGUCUACAACCUCUGAAUUUGUUCUGCUUGGAUUCCCAGGAAUUGGGGAGAAGUUUCACACCCCGGUCUCCACAGCUCUGUUCCUGCUUUAUCUCACAUCGCUGUUCUCGAAUGGCGUAGUCAUAGCUCUGAUCGGCUGCAACCGACAUCUGCAUCAACCGAUGUAUGUGCUCAUCUUGAACCUUGCCAUUUCCGACUUGCUUUUUGAUACCAUCACUCUGCCGAAGAUUGUGGCCAAGUACUGGUUCAACGAUGGGUCCAUCUCAUACGCUGGAUGCCUCUUCCAAGUGUUUUCUGCCCAUUUCCUUGGGAGCUUUGAUUCCUACAUCCUCUUGCUGAUGGCCAUUGACCGUUAUGUGGCCAUAUGCAAGCCCCUGAGAUACCCAUCAAUAAUCAACAAUCAACGUACCAUCCUCCUCUGUUGCUUCUCCUGGCUCUUCACAAGUUUAAUUGGCUUGACAAUCGCUGUUCUGGACUCUGGUGAAGAACUAUGCGGACAGAAUAUCAGAAGCUGCUUUUGCACCAAUGCAGUGGUCUUGUCCUUGGCCUGCAAUGACGUGGCCACCCUCAAGCGUACGAUUUUUGUCAUUGCUAUGAUAGUCCUUCUCUUGCCUCUGUCCCUCAUCCUUUUCUCCUAUGGAGUCCUAAUCCGGGUCAUCAUCACACAGACCCAGUCUGUGAAUCGAAGGAGGGCCUAUUACACAUGUGCCACCCAGUUAAGUGUCAUCUGUCUAUAUUUUAUCCCACGGAUAUUUGUGUAUGUUGCCAACCAAGUCAAGUUGAUCCUCAAUGAAGAUGUGAACGUCCUUAUUCUUUGCUUUUACUCAUUCGUGCCGCACAUGGCCAACCCCAUCAUUUACUGUUUGAGGACUAAGGAGAUUAGAAGGACCUUUAAGAACCUCAUCAAAAGGUGGAUACUGAUGAAGAAUCCAAGGAUACCAGCAGUGAAUGUAAUUACAAUCUCAGAUCAGCUUUAG